UUUCCUUGAAGGAAAAGAACGUUGUGGAUAGUAUUGGCAUACAAGGAUACCUAUCUCGUGUAAAAUUAGUUUUUAUUCUGAGUUUGCAUUAUAGGUGGGAGAUGUGAUCAAAACCAUCAUAUAUAUUUCUACAAUAACUCGUAGACAGUUGAACUAUACAAUCCCUGAAAAAACCCACUUCUUACUUAAUCACAUAACACUAUUAUAUCCCGCCAGCUUAGAUUAAUGGACACACAACUUAAACUCGACGUGGUGGCGUUUAGUAUCUUCUUCUGUUGUUUUCCGGUGCUCAUAUCUGCAUGUUCUCACAACUCAACGCUUCCCACAGUUACCGGAGACGUGGCAGAUGGUUUGUGUUAUCAAGUUAUUCAACCUCUAGGCUAUAAUUGCUCCGAACACAUUGUUCAAACAGAAGAUAAUUUUUUGUUGGGGCUUCAAAGAGUUUCCUCUAAUAAGGCAAAUUCAGGGGGAAAGAGAGGUCCUCCGGUUCUGCUGCUACAUGGACUCUUUAUGGGAGGUGAAGCCUGGUUCUUAAACGGCAUAAAUGGCUCGUUAGGCUUCCUACUUGCUGACAAAGGUUAUGAUGUUUGGGUUGGAAACAUAAGAGGGGUGCAAUGGAGUCACGGCCAUGUAUCUUUAUCAGAAUCAAAUAAGGAAUUCUGGAAUUGGAGUUGGACAGAAUUGGCGAAAUUUGAUCUUCCAGCAAUGCUCAAUUAUGUAAAUAAUAUCACAAAUUCCAAAGUAUUCGUCAUUGGACACUCACAGGGAACAUUGAUGUCAAUUGUCGGUUUUACGAACAAAGAAUCAGCAAAUAAAGUUGAGGGCGCUGCCUUUCUUUGUCCCAUAGCAUACUUGCACUGGGUAGAGGUUCCAAUAGUCCGAAUGGCAGUUCUACUGCAUAUUGAUCAGAUGGUUACAGACGAUAUACCUUCGAUUGAUUUAAGGAGUGCAGUUGGCACUGACAUAAUGAGGCGCUUAUGCAGAGGAGAUUCAGAUUACUGUAAAAAUUUGGUCAGAUCCCUUACAGGGGAGAACUGCUGCUUCGACAUCCAUAAAGUGAACGAUUAUCUAAGAUAUGGUCCUCAACCAACUUCUACAAGGAAUCUGGCACAUCUUGCUCAAAUGGUUCGAUCAGGUUAUAUUACUGUAUAUGACUAUGGACUGCUGGGUAACAUUGGCAAAUACAGGCGAUUCAAUGCUCCUAGUUUUAAUCUAACUGCAAUUCCUACUUCAAUUCCGAUGUGGUUUGCUUCUGGGGAAAACGAUCCAUUGUCAGAUGUUAUAGACGUGAGGGACACUCUAUCCGAGUUGCAACGUUCACCACGAGAAACUGCUACACUGGAAGUAAAGAAUUAUGGUCAUCUUGAUUUUCUCUUCAGUUGGUCAGCAAAGAAAGAUGUUUAUGAUGACCUGUUUUUAUUCUUGGGAAAUCAUACUAGCUCUGUUGGUGCAUAAGUACAGCGACACUGCAAGUGGAUAAUCAUGGUCAUUAGCUAGUUUUUUUUUGAUCAUCACUGACUGCUCCUACGAGGAAAAUUUGACUUUAUAAGUCUUAUCUUUUACCCUAGUUUUGUUUUCCACUUUUAUUCAGUGAUAUGAGCUAUUGAGCUGUGAUACUUGUAAUAAGGUUACUGUUAGUCAGAAGAUGUAUAAAAUGUAUCGUAAUCAUAAUAUUCAACCUUUCUGAUCAUUAGCGUGGUAUUUGGCUUUCCAUUCA